AUGGAUGUGGACGAAUCGUGGAAAACCAACGUUUCCUACUUCACUUUCCGCGCCUUAUUGUUAGAAUUUAUAUGAUUUUUCUACAUAAUGAUGCGAUAAAAGUCUUAGCAAUAUCGGAAAUGCUCAAUAUUAAAAGGUUAAUGAAAAAAAAAUAAAUCAAACGCUUGAUGCCAAAAAUUCAUAACUGAAGGAAAUUUAUGAUUUUUAGAAUUUUUUUCCAGUUCAUAGUGAACUUUGAUCGUUUUUUCAGUUCUUCGAGUGUCCGACGAGAUGACUUGAUAGCCGUGUCAAUAUGGAUGAUUAUGUUGCUUUAUGCUCUUUUUUCGAAUCUUCUUAUUUUGGUGGGAAUCGUCCGAAGCUCCACCAUGAGAUCAGCUACAAGGUUUGUUUUUUUUCCAGUGAUGAUUAUCUCUUUUAAAAAAGUUCGUUGAAAAUGUUUCUGUCGUUUUUGGGAGAUAAGCUCGAUUUUUUCUGAUAAUCAUUAUUGCUGUUUCUGACGAUUGUAAAAGUAUCAGCUUCCUUUUCUUUUGAAACUUUUAGUUUAGUCCAUUUUCAAACAGCUUAAAAAAGCUAAAACUCAUUUUUCAGCUACUGGUUCAUCAUAUCGAUAGCGAUGUGUGAUAUCCUGAUGACAAUCAUAUCACUUGGCCAUCUUGUUCCGGCCACAGCGUUUCACGACCAAUACGUCCAGUUCAAAUCAACUCGGAACAUUGUCAUGAUCUUCCUCUAUGACCUUUUUUGGUACACGAGUGUCGUACAGCUGGGCUUAAUGGCUGGGAAUAGGUAAGGAUAUCUUCAAAAAUGGUGAUUUUAUGCGAAACUUCAUAAUUUACUGAGUUAUGGUCAAAAAAUUUUUAUACCUUUUAUGAAGAUCCUGAGAAUCAUACACAGAAAAAUAUUACCUGACAGACCCUGAUAGUCAGAAAAAACUUCGACACAAUCGAAAAUUGUUUCUAAGCUCAAAGUUCAACGAAAAAAACUGACCUAUUUUCAGAUUUGUUUCAAUUGUGUACCCAAUGGAGUACAAGUACAUGUUCUCACGGACCCGAUCUUUGUAUCUGAUCAUUUUCGGCUACUUUCUGGGAUUUCUGGUCUCCUUGCCAACGUUGUUCGACUGCUGUCACACCCUCUGGGACUCCAACUACUACAUUACGGUCUACGAGAAACCCAACACCUGGUCAGUUUUAUUUUCUAAGUUACUUCCAAAAGAAAAAUAUUUUUUUCUCUUGAAUAAAUAUCGAGAGCGAAAGAUUAGAACUACGGUAGCGUCGAGUAAUCCUAUUCCUUGGAAGUUGCGUUCUGGUAAAUAUAUCAUGAAGUUACGGGGAAAUGGAACUUUCCUGAGAGAUUCAAAAAUCUUUGCAGGGUUUUUAGAUUUCUCGAUAUGAGCUUUGAAGAUUCUGGAUAAAAUAUGCUAAAGACGGCGAAAUCUGGAGUUUUUUUUGGGGGCGAAAAGUCUGCAAGUGUUUCUUCCUUGUUUUAAGGGCCUCUUCAGAAUUUUUCAUGACUAGACAGAAAAAAAAGAAAAUUAACUUUCCGGAGGACCGGAAGAGUCAACUUUGUAGGUUCUUUUCGAUCUCAUCAUAUUGAAUUUUGGCUCACGAAGCCAAAAUUUACUGCAUUCAGAGUUUUCCUAAAAACUGAAAACUACCUGAAGCUUGAUUUUUUGAACUUGAAGAAUGAGGGAUAAAAAAAAAAUGAAAAAUUUGAAAUGUUUAUCAAUGGAGCGCAUUUAGCUCAUUUUUUAUUCCGUAAUUGAAUAUCGUUCAACUCUGUGGUAUUUUCUAUUUUCGAAAUUGUUAAUUCAGGUCGUAGAGUUACAAUAUUGGUCAAACUUCCUUUUCAAAGAUUUUUAUUCCAAAACCUUCCCGAUUUUCAAGUUGUGAAGCUUUUUAGGUAUCGAUAUGUAGACAUGGGAGUGAACAGCAUCUCGCUUUGUAUGAUGAUUGUCUCAUACGCCGUCAUCAUUUACAAAGUCCGAGAAAGUGGAAGAGCAAUGGCGAAAUAUCAGCUGACAAUUCGAACCAGGGUUAGUUGAAGUCAGAAGGGGCAAAUCAAAGCUGAACACAGAAUUAUUCAAGAAAUUUAAAUAGGUAAUCUAGAAACGUAAAAAGACCCCAAAAAAGGCUCUUGGCCUUGAGAAUUAUUUUACAUCUUUUGUUGCCUAUUCGCUCUUUUGAACAAGAGUUUUGGAUGGGCUGUUACAAAUUUUCCUUAUGAUUUUAAAACGUGACAUUUCUAUCAGUUUGAUUAGUAUUGAAGGUGGUGUACCAACUUUUUACAUGCAUCGAGUUGUUUAUUUUGCAGCAGCAAAACGCCUUGAUGGCUGGUGUUCCGUUGACCUGUCAAAUGAACGGAUGCAGCAGGAUGUCUUCUGUCAGGCCGCCACGAAGCCAAGUCAGCAAAAAAGAAAUGCGGCUAUUCAUACAGGUUUGUUGAGCGAUGGUGAAACAUUUUUGGAAAAAUAUUUUUUCUUUUGAAUGAUCAGAGAUUCGGUUUCCAAAAUGAUUUUUUAGAAAUCAUGAAAUUCGAGUCAAAAAAAGAAAAAAAUAAAUAUCGAAACUUGUUAUGAAUCUCGAGUGGUCUCAAAAAGCAUUUUUUUACAAGGCCGAAAAUCUCACCGAAGAUAUUGAACUUUUGGUGUCUCAAUUUCCUUUUUCAGGUCAAAGGAAUGACGUCAUUUCAUGACAUUUAUACACUUUUUUCAGUUCUUCGUCGUGUCUCUGGUCUUCCUUCUCACGUGGACAACUUGGCAAUGGCUGCCUCAUAUGUCAACGAGCAAAUGGGCGUACUUCGUAAUGACGUCUUUGUUCUUCAUAAACAACUCCGUAUGAAGAUUCUUUAUUUUCUCAUUAAUAUGGUCAUUUUCUCAGGUGAACCCGACAGUCUACCUGGUAUUUAACACGCAGCUCCGACGGGAGCUCCACUAUCUAUUGUGUCGACAUCACGCAAUCAGCAACGCUCAAACUAAGAGAAAGUCCCUUUUCGCCAAGGGGAUGAACAACAACAACCCGAAAGAUGUCGACAAGGUGCUUAUUUUGUUAAUUUUUGUAUCUAUAACAAAAAAAUGCUGAUUCGAUUCCGCACGGGCAUUCCUUUCCAGCAUGAAUCCGUUAUGAAUGAUGGACAUGAUUAAUGAUUCUCGCUGACUAACCAGUGAACUUGAUUUUGCCCGAGUUUCCGGAAAAUACUUUGAAAAAAGAAGGUUCAAAAAGUUUUCAAUUCAUGGAAGAAAAAAUUUGUUAGAUGAAUUUAGAGAAAUUAUCAAGAAAGCGGAAUUUUGAGUUCAUAAAAACGUCAGAGCCGUUAAGCUAUGACAAUUUUCGGUUCUCGAAUUGUUCAAAAGAUAUUUUAAGCUUAUUUUUUUUUAGAAAAUGGAAAAAUUCUGAUAAUGUUUUUGAGAAAAAAAGAAGAAUAAUGAAUAAGAACCAAACAAAAAUGGAUUCUCCAUCCCUAUAAUAGAGGCAAUCUCCGUCGAUCAACCCAAAAUCGAAAAAACGAAAAAAAUAAAAAAUAUUUGAAAGUCUGAAAAGUAAAAAAAUAAAAAAAAAGGUUUUCAAAUAUUUUCUAACAUGUUUUAAUCGCUCAAAUUGAGGUCAUACUCUAAUAAACCCAUAAUCACUUUUUUUCAUACUCAUUUUGGAGUUUAAAUUGAACUGAGCUGUUAAUGCGACAGCAUGUGAUUGUUGUUCUUCUCUUUGCAAGCUAGUUAUAGAUGGCGGCGCAGAACGAAGGAACUCCCAAAGAACAGGCCGGAUCGUUGUCCUCGCAAAGCCACACGACGUCCGACGAGCACGUAAGACCGCAACUUCUCAUUAAGGUUUGCCUUUUUGCGAGGAGUGCACCCCUGGUUUUCCUUCUCAUUUCUGAUUUUUCUUCCAGUUUGUAACUCACUAAGGUCCGCCUAAUAAUCACGGUGUGAAACAGGAAUGUGCGGCAAUCGAAGUUCUAGCUUUUUAUCUGUUUUCUUGUAAUUUGAAAAGCCCCACAACUCUAAAAAAAAACCGAAAAAAGUACAAAACUUACAGCCGCACAUUUCAUGAAAAAAACCUGAUAGAUAGCUUGAUAAUGAAAUCUGCGCUCUACGGAGAAAUAGAAUCACCUUGAAUUUCUGAACGCUGAAUUUUUAACGUCAACAUUUUUUCUUGUAUUAUCUCAAAAGGUUGAGUUACAAUAUAUCGAAGAUCGAUAUAUUUUUUGCGGUGGAUUUUGAGUGAUUUUCGACGUUUGUUUUCAAAGUUUUUGGAAAGAUGCUGUGGAGAGAGUGAAAAGAAAAACGAAGCAGUUGUGUUGGAACAAAAAUUUUUAUAAAAAGUCAAGUCUUCAAUGAAGUUCAUGGAUGCCAACUUUUCAAGAUCAGAAAAAUGAAAAAUUAAUCCCUUAAUUUAAUUUUCUAUACUCAAAUCGAGUUUUUUUGAUGGAUUAAUUUUUUUGAUAAUAAGAUAGGGCUUCAUCUCUAUAACGAAAAAGUUCGAAUCUAAAAAAAUUGCUGAUUAAGAGGUCAUCAAAAAAAUAACUAAAUUUGAGAAGACUUGACAAAAAAUCAAUCAAAUAGUCAGGAAUUUGUUCAAAAUAACCCAAUGAAAACGUAAAAUCAUCUAUUUAAAAUAUAUGGGUGCUCCUCGCCCGUGACGUCGCUCUAAGAAAAGUUAUUUAGGAAAUCCUAUAUGUUUAGCGAUGCGCACAUCAACCAAUCGUGAGUUUCGGUUCCACUGCAAUAACCUACCCCCUAUCACAAAAAAAAACUGAUCUUCUUAUUUUUUUAUUAUUUUUUUCUCCAAGUUUUCGAUGAUAUCCCCGCUUCACUAACUAUUUUUCAAAGUUUUUUUCUUUUUUUAUUUUUUCGCUUGCUGUACGGUGCGGUUUUACUAACUGGUUGGUGAAAUUAGUGAUUUGGUGCGUUCCUAACAAAGCCUCAACGUUUUUGUUUAGACUUUAUUGAGAAAAUGACAAAAUGAAGAACACAUGAAUUUUUUUCAGAACAUGGCCUACGUCGACAGUACCACUAUCAGCGCUGUGUAG